UCUUCAUCGUCCACAAGAGCAUGACUGGAAGUCUUUUUCAAGCGCAACUUCCCGAGCCAUCAGGUCUCGUCCAACAACUCGUCCACCUAGAGGCGCUACUUCUAGCACCCAACCCUGCACGACAUAGGUGCUUUGGCUUUUACCACUUGGCUACUACAACUAUACUGGAAUAAUUAUUUCAUCCAGUUGUUUUCUUUCGCUCGUCGGUCAGGGACGAUAGUUCAUUCAACGACCAUGCAGCCCGCGAGGAAGCAGGCCGCGCGGCAGAUCCAGAUCAAGAUCGUGUCGGACACGGUCUGACCAUGGUUAUGAAUUGCAAAAGCAUCGUACUAGUAUGAAUUGCAUUACAAAUUUCCUCAGCAUGAGAAAUGAAAUUUGUAAUGCUGUUUUACCUUAGGAAGAAGAUUUGUCAUGCAUAUUUGCAAUUACUACGAGUGCGAUACUUUUGCACAGGAUAAUGGUGUUUCGUCGGCAAACGCCGACUGGAGACCGCGAUAAAGGAGUACAAUACGACGGCAAAUAGAAGUACUACCGCACAAGAACACACACAGCAAACUCCUGCUGAAGAUGACCAAGUUGCAACCAACGUGAACUUCAACAUCGAAUGGUUGCCGUUUCAGCUGAACCCACAGUUUCCCCAAGCCGAAAAGGUACGGAAAAGGGACUACUACGAGCAAAAAUUCGGCCCCGACCGGGCGAGCCAGAUCAUUCCCUACUUGCAGAAGGUGGGGAGAACGGAGGAUAUAAAUUUCAACUACGAGGGCUACACCGGCAACACCUUUAAUUCCCUAUGCACUACAAAAAUGUCUGGGUCUGGAAGGUUGGAACUUGUAAUGCUAGCUCUACAAUCCUGGGAAAUCUGUAUUGCAUAAGCAACAAAAUAAGUCGCAGCCUCUUUUGUCAUGCAAAAACGCAGUUUCUCAUGCGGAUUGCCUAUGAGAAAGCGUUUUGGGAAGUUGUCAUGCUGGGCUUCAUUCGGAAGUUGUUUUCAUCAUGCACAUUUUAGCAUCACAAGUUUGCAGACCCAGACAUAAUUGCAUUUGAUAUUCCCACCGCCUGAUCUAUUUGGCUUCGCGACCGGAGUACGGCGGGUCUUUGCAAUAUGGAGGCGUCAGGAGCGAAAUGGACAAAGUUGCAAUAAAAUUUGUGAUGCACAAAACCGAUGCGAGUUGCUGGAAGCGCACUUUAUAAGCGGCGCAAGACUACAAAUGUUGGUAGCAUCGAAAUCCAAUUUGUCACGCUGUUUGGGGCGAAGAAGUUUGGUUCUGUCGUGCUGCUUUAGCAGUUCUAUUUCUAGUUUCAAAAAGUAAAAGGCUCGUCACAAGAAUCCGCCUCACUUGCCACCUCUGGUGCAAGACAGGCAUUUUGUGGCUUCCGUUUUGUGCAUGACAAACUGUUUCAACCUCGUGGAUUUCGGUCCUGACACUCCCAUAUGCAAAAGCAGGACACGGUCGUGGAGAUAUGCGUUGCAAAAGUAUCGUACUCGUCUAAAUGCAUUACAAACUUCCUCAGCUGCAUGAGAAAUAAAAGUUGUAAUGCGGAUUUACCUCCAGAAAAAAAUUUGUAAUGCAUGAUUGCAAUUACUACGAGUGCGAUACUUUUGCACAGGAUAGGAGAUGCUUUUCAACAAUUUUUUCGAGAAGGAGAACUGGAUCGGGGAGUUUGACACGUUGAAAAAGAUUAUUGUGGCGAAAAAAUUUCCUCUCUCCCCAUAUCGAAAAGAAAAUUUGUGAUGCUGAGUUGUGACGACAAAUCAACUUGUAUUGCUAGAGGGCCAAGAGACGCAGCUGCUUCCUCGUUUGCAGGCAAUUUGUCACGCUGUUUCCCGUUUCCAGUUGCUUCCUGUCAUGCUGAAGACGCAAAGCUUUCCCACGCCAGCCAGAACUACAGUCUUCUGCACCAUCUCUUCAUCCCUUCUAGCAUGACAACGCGACUCGUGAUCACACAUCAUGCUACACAAGUCUCCCUUGGAGGAUGGGGAGGGGGGGAUUUGAUUUUUCCUUUUAAUAAAGAUCGGACUGGCGGCAAAAAUCGAGGCGAAAUGGGUCGAGAAAUUGGAAAGCGACCCAACGUAUCAAAUGUAAAAGUGUCUGGGUCUGGAAACUUGUGAUGCUCGGUGGCGUCUCAUGAUGAGGCUACAAAUGCUGGCUCAGCAUGACAAGUUUCUGAGCUCCUAGGUGUUGCCUACUCUGCAUGACAAACUGCGCUUCUGCAUCACAGAAAAACGGAGCGCUUGGGCAACGUGCAUGACAGAUUUAAGAAUCACGCCAGAAAAGCAUGACAAACAUGAACUCUUCCAGACCCAGACAUUUUUACAUUUGAUACAACGUUUUUGGCGUCCGAAGUGCGCACAUUGUUGGAAGAAAGCCACAAGGGAAAAUACGCGGUCAACGGAGUACCGGCUUUUUUUAUCGGGUUGAAUAGUAGGAGUUUUGCUGCUAGUGGCCGCGAUAAUGAAGGUGCACCGAAAAGAACUACGGUUCCUGAAGAAGACCACGAUGGCGCAUGUUCAGCAGGGGAAAUUUUCGAGCCGGUUGUCGCGAUCUCGGGGGCCCAGGAACCGGAGAACUUAAUCCGAGCUUUUGACAGGGUUUUAAAGAUAUGCGUUGCGAAUAUGUCUGGGUCUGUAAGGAUGCAAGGUUUGUCAUGCUUGUCUGGCAUGACGGAAGAGUUUUGUGAUGCGUGUCCAAGAAGAGACCCUUUUGCUUGUCAUGCAAAACACAGCUUGGCAUGCGGAAAGCGCAACACUAAGCCGCGCGAAUAUUUCUCAUGCUUGGCUGUGCAUUAGAGAGAAUUCACUACUCACAACUCAGCAUUACAAGUUUCCUG